AUGCCCUCGUUCUUGAACAAGGUCUUUGGCCGAAAGACGGGCGACGACAAGGACCAACCCAAACUUUCUCAGGACUCCGCAGACCUUGGUUUACUUGACGGAAAAUACGAGGCUGUUUCUCCAUUGACCUUUCCAGCUUCCAAUUUUGCCACCUUGUCAAAGGCUCAGACGGGCAAAGAUCACGCAGGAUUCUCUUUAUUUAGGCCUAAAUCCCGUAUUGGCUCCACUCCCUCUUCACACAGGCGCAACGAGAACCUCCCCCAACUGUCACUCCAGCUGCCGAGUCUGAAAGACAAUACAGAGUCUCUUGGCGUUUUCGAGGUUGACCCUGAGUCUCAAAGGAUUUUUGAUGACUCUGUCAUCGGUGCAAAGCUUUUGAAUCCUUCGGAAGCUCUCAUACUAGUUCGAGCAUGUGCCCAGACCAUCACUGAACGAGGUCUGGAAACUCUCGGAAUCAUGCACCCUCAUUGGCAUUCCGCGUCACCCGACAUUCAACGAAAACUGAUUUCGCUUUUCAUCCAUUCUUUGGCUCCUAAAAGCCGCAUAACCACUCUCUCUCCAACGCCCGCCGCAGCAAUCUCCGCCUUUGAGACUGAGCUUGAGUACACGCGCUCUCCCCACGACGUUGCAGCUGUCCUCCGUUGGGGCCUGCGUCACCUUGUGCUUGAAAACAACUCUUUCGGCAAGAAUGUCUCUGCACCUGAAUGGGCGUGGUACAAGUCCUUUUUUGAUGCCGAAAAAGAGGCGUCGUACCCACACAAGAGUUUCACAGAGUUGCUCCUCCCCCAGCUCCCUCAAGCGCACAUUGAGUUGCUUCUUGCGACAGUUGACAUCAUAUCCGCAUUAGCUUCGCAUGCUGAAGCGAACAGCAUCUCUGGUAGCAAGCUUUCCAAAUUUUUGGGCUUAUGGUUGCUCACCGCGACGAGGACUGAGCCAACCGAUAACUGGACCACGUUUUAUGCUCGUUGGGAGCGCGCUGGUAGGAUCCUUGAGCAUCUGUUCCUUUCACGAAUCAGGGAGGAGAGCUUCAAUUCUAGACUGCCCACCCGACUUCAGGAACUUGUCAAGCACUAUCCGUAUUCGAGAGGCUCACGCGCCGCUGAAGAGGAUCUCCUUCCCCAUCCCCUUUUCUCCACGCGUACCUGCAGUGUCCUAUUCGUACGCGUAGAGACCCUUCUGUCAGAGACUGCAACACAGCCCAAAGCAUCUCCCGUUCGCCUGCUCGUUGAUGCAUUCAACCUAUCUUCCGAAGGCGAAACGUUUGAGCAAGUUGAGUUGUGGAACGCGCUCAAGACUGCUGCCACCGAAACUGCCUCUACGUCCACGGCAACUGGUGGUCAAGAAGGCCCAUAUUUCGGACGGGUAUUUGUGGAUGAGACGAUCCAUCUCCUCGCGUCUAUAUCUCGUAAUUCAUCGUCUCCACUGAUGUCUCCGGCACUUGAAGUUGCAUCCCCGGUGCCCAGACGCUCUUCACCUUUCAGCAAGAUUCUGGAACGUACCAAGGAUCAAGCUGCCCACGGCAACGGCAACGGUAACGGCGCAAUGUCCCCCAUCUCGUCGAUCGCCUCGCCAAUCAUCCACGACUGGGCACAAUUUUCUACGAGCGGCUUCGGUGAGACGAGCGCAACUACCCCCCUCGCUGCAACGCUCCUCGAUACAGACGUUGAGAUUACUGAGCCGGUCGUGUCCCCCAAGUCGAGCAAGAAAUGGGGAAGGUCACGCUCGAGCCAGCGCUCUGCAGACUCCCCGCAAGAAACGAGCACCAAAGAACCCGCAGCCAUCAGUACCAAGCUUGCCGGCGUACACAUGGCGCAGGUCGACGAGGCAUUCAUUGAUUUCUGGUCUGACGCCAUCGCAGACCCAAUCACGGAGAACUGGCCCUCAUUCGUUAUCUGUGGGCUUAAGCCGCUCCAUGCGAACGAGGCUGUGAAUUGGCUCAUCAUCGAGCAGACGUAUGUACGCCAGCAGUCCCCACGGCCUCGCGCAACGUCUCCCGAACGUCGCGGCCGUACGUCACCCCGCCCGUCGUUCCGCUCGGAUAUUUCUGGCACGUUCGCAGCUACGAGGAAGCGAUUGAGCUUUUUCAGUGGGGGCAGCAAGUCGAAUUUAUCGGGGAAGAAGGGUAUAUUUGGAAAGUCACCCAAGGUUGGAGAGCUUGGUGAGAUGUUGCCUGAGGAGGAGGAAAGACCUGAGACGCCGAAGGCUAUGACGAGCAGGAGGAGGGGUCUAGGACUGGGCGUCGCUGCUGCUGCAGUUGGUGCAGUCGCCGCAGAGACUGUUCGGCCCCCUGCACCUUCACAGGAACCUGUCGUAGCCGCACCUACAAUCCCGCAGCCUCAGCAGGACAACACUGUACCAGGGCUACAGGAAGAAGCCAUUGUCGAAGAAGCCAUUCCUCCUGCACGUACCUUUGAGACUAGCGAGCCCGCCGCACUCAUAGUCGUCCCCGAUGAAUCUGUCCUGGAGUCUGAAGUUACGCUUGUUGAGGGAUCUGUCUCACAAUCCGAGCCAGCGCCUGCUGAAGAGGAGCUGCCUGCCGGAGAACCAGAGGUCGUGCCCACAGCGCCUGAGCCUACACAAGAUAUCGAGCACAUUGUUGAAACGUCGGCGUCGGAUAACGCCCCCCCUGCACCCGAGUUGCCCAUCGCAUCAGAAGAUCAGAUCUCUAUCGUUGAGGAAUCACCCGCUGAGGAGCCUGUUGACGAGAGCGUCGUAGAAAAUUCAACACCCGAGGUCGAGGAUACAGAGGUUACUACUCAAGAAGCUUCUGCACCUGUUUCUGAGGCUGAGGCCACUCAGCCCGAAGUCUCAGAAGAAGACCUCGUUGAUCUUACUCAAGCAGCUGAACCUGCAGAUGAUCAGUCAAAGCUCACCGAAUGUACUAACGGCGCAGCAUCCAUUGAACCGUCAUUGUCCGCCGAUGCACAGGAUUGA